GGACGCCUCUUCUACACGUCCCUAUUCACCCCCACCCCCACCCCGGUCUGUGCUUUCGGGGUUAACCCUGCGGGGGUGGGGACUGCAGAAGGGGUCUGCCAAGGGAGGGCCGGAGGGAAGGCAGCAGGUGGAGCCUCCAAGACCUUAGGAGCCCCAAGUGUCCCAGCGCCCAGCAGCCACGGGGCAAACGCCGUGCGCAAAGACCCCUCUUUGCCCCACUCUGGCUACUUUAUUCCGCCAGGAAAUGACUCCCGGAGUCGGCGGCGGCCCCACGGUCACCCCGGAGUCUCAGCCGGUCGACAUGCUGCCCUCCGGCCCGCCACUGCCCUGGGCCUGCCCGGCCGACGUGCGGCUCUGCGGCCACUUGCGGAAGCAGAAGUCCCGGCGCCGCCGCUUCUUUGUGCUGCGCACCGACCCUCCGCGCCUAGAGUGCUACGAGAGCGAGCAAAAGUUCCGCGAGGACUCCGGGGGCCCUGCGCGUCCACGGCGCAGCGUGAGCCUGGCAGGCGCGUGCACCAUUAGUAAGCGGGCAGACGCGCGCCAGCGCCACCUGAUCGUGCUCUACACGCGCGACACCAGCCUGGGCGUGGCGGCGGCCACCGAAGCCGAGCAGCAGGCAUGGUACAGUGCCCUGCUCGAGGUGCGCGCUGCCGCCGCAGCCGGUCCCAGCUCCCAAGAGGACCCCGACACCUGGCUCCUCGCUCCGUUCCAGGACGUGUGGCCUGUGACACUGCGACCCAAGGGGCUGGGGCGGACACGAGGCCUGGGCAGCGGUCGCUACCGCCUAUGUCUGGGUUCGGGAGCCCUGAGCCUGCUGCGGAAGCCUCGGAAGACAGGCUCCCGGGAUGCCAGGGCCUCCCCACCGCCCGCCCUGCGUCUGUCCCUGCUCAGCGUGCGCCGCUGUGGCCACGCGGACUCCUUCUUCUUCCUGGAACUCGGCCGUUCGGCGCCUACAGGACCCGGGGAACUGUGGCUGCAGGCGCCUGACGCAGUGGUGGCCCAAAGCAUCCACGAGACCGUGCUGGCUGCCAUGAAACGACUCGGGGGAGGCGCUGCGGGUGCCAGGGCGGAGUCACUGCCCAGAGAGUCCCCGACCAGUGCCUCUAAACCUCCCAGCUCCCGUCCUUUGGAGAUCCUCUCCGGCUCUACCGCCCAGUCAAGCAGCCUGGAUGAGCGGGCAGAGCAGACCGCACUCAAAAGCCUGGCCAGGCUGGGGCCACUGCCACCCCCAGCUUCCCACCCCCAGGGGCUAGACCCUGGCAGGGGUUACAUAACCAUGCAGGCCGGCAGGGACUACGAGCCCAUGGGGGGAGGCGAGGCCAGCAGUGGCAGCGGCUAUGUGGUGAUGGCGCCCCCAGGCCUCCAUCAGGCUACUGGCAGUGCCCACAAUGACCACAAACACCGCGGCGCAGCUCCCCGGCAGGACCCUGGUGGCCCCGAGUACGUUCCAAUGAGCUGCUUUCCUCCCGAGCCCGUUUCUUCAUUCUCCCAAACCCCUCCCCCCAAGUCCGGAACUGGAGAGCUUAGAGUCAGGGUCCCAGAUGCCCAUCGUGGCAUCGGGGGCAGCUUGGGGCUGGCAGGGGCUGCACCACGCAGGCCACUGUCAGCAGAGCUGGCCGGCGACUACGUGUGCAUUGGGUCUGCAGGAAAAGUGGGCGGUGCCAGACCAGAGCGCAGCAAUCGCUGCCUCAACUACGUGGACCUGGACCUGGUGCCGCCUCUCGCUAAGCCCGGCUGUGCUUCUGGGACCAGCCCCCACAGCUAUGCCUGCAUCGAGUUCUAGAACUUUCAGAAGGCCACACUGGCUGCCCUGCCCUAAGGGCAUGCGGGAGCUAGGCACAGCGGCUAAAAAACAAAGUUACCAGUGACCACCUGUGACCUACAGAUGAACUGGUGGCCAAAGGUGGGAAGAAGGGGAGGGACCCUGCCUGCAAAGAAAUUCUCAGGAGGAAGUUCCCCAGGAAGAUGAAUUCUUUUAAAGGAGAAACUUCUAGAACCCUAACCUCACCUCCCUACCCACUCAUUAAA